UUUAUUGAUAAUUGGAUUGAAACCAAAAGUAAUUGCCAUCGAUUGGAGCAGCCAAGGUGGGAAAGAGCUAUACUUCAACCGAGAAGAGAUGGAUUGUGAAGUAAGUGCUGGUGACUAGGAGUAGAUAAACAGACUGUUUCACAAACAUCCCUGACAGAAAUGUGUCAUAAAUGAAAUGGAAUGUAUUAGAAUAACAGUUAACCAUUGAUGGACAUUCAUAAAGCAAUCCCUUACAAAAAAACAAAAAGAUCUUUAAAUCAAUAUGGAUUUGUCAAGAACAGCUGCGUGGAAAGACAUCUCUUUAGAGCUGAAUAUAAAAAGGGAGACAGUCGACAGUUUUAUGCCAGACACUUCUUUGGAACAAUUUUACAACCCAGGAUCUUCUAUUAUUGACAGAAGUACUCAGGACAGUAGAGGUGGCACUGACAGUGACACCUAUACUUCAUUUAGCCAGGACUCUAGAAGUACGCAGUUUGAAGAAAAUAAUGAAAUCAAAGGCAAUGGUGCUAAUUAUACUGUCAAGCAGGAGCCAGUGGAGACAAAUUCUAGUGACAUGAUUUAUGCCUUUGAAUCUGGGGCAAAAAAUGUUGACAUUGAAAAUCAUGUUUUUAUGGAUGGUUUCAAAGAGGAACACAUUGAUUGUGUAAAUGACAUUGAACCAAAUAAUAUAACCCGACUUGAUCAUGCAGUAUCUGCUUUCCAAGAAAAUAUAAAAUCUGACCAAACAAAUAACAACAAACCUAAAACUAUUGAGAAUAUUAGAGGGGGAUUUGAAAUCAAUUUAGGUGUUGUUGCUACAAAUGCAGAGACUCUAAGAUGUUUGGAAUGUGGAAAAACAUUUGAAACAGACAAAAAAUUCAAAGUACAUUUAAAAGUACACACUGAGAAAAAAUACAAGUGUGACCAUUGUGAAAAAACGUUUAAUCAUUCUGGUAAUAAGAAAAUCCAUAUGAGGAUUCACACUGGCGAUAAACCUUUUAAAUGUGAGGAGUGCGAAAAGUAUUUCGCUCAACCACAUCAUCUAAGUGAACAUAUAAAAACACACAGUGGAUCUAGACCCUAUCCAUGUAAAAUCUGUCAAAAAGCGUUCACACGUCCUGCUAAUCUAAGGUCUCAUCUGAGAAUGCAUACUGACGAGAAACCAUUCAAAUGUAAAUAUUGCAGUAUGGUUUUUAAACAUCGUAAUUCAAUGAGAAUUCAUGAAUGGAAACACACUGGUGACUCACCAUAUAAAUGUAGUUCAUGCGAAAGAAGCUUUAACCAAGCUGCAAGGCUUAAGGCCCAUGAAGCUUUACAUACUGGUGAAAACCCUUUCAAAUGUAAAUAUUGUGAUAAGGUUUUAAAGAGCCCUGAAACACUAAAUGCCCAUGAGAAAAUACACACUGUAGGGAAACCAUUUAAAUGUAAUUUUUGUGACAAAUGUUUUUCACGUCAAACCCAUUUGUUGGCUCAUGUUAAAGAACACACUGGGGAACAACCUUAUAAAUGUUCUUAUUGUGAAAGAGGUUUUCUCAAUGCUUCUACUUUCAAGAUCCAUGAGAGAAAACACACUGGGGAGAGACCAUUCAAAUGUAAAUUAUGUGAUAAAUCCUACCCACGUUCUGCUAGUUUACUGGAACAUGUAAGAGUGAUUCACGAUGGUCUCAAACCUCAUAAAUGUAAAUACUGUGAGAAAUAUUUUUCAUCUGUCUGUAACUGGAAGCGUCAUCAACAGACCCACACAGGAGAAAAACCUUUCCAAUGCCAGUAUUGUCAAAAAUCAUUUACAACAAAUGCAAGUUUAAAGAAACAUGAUAUCAAGAUACAUUACAUGGGCGUAGCCAGGAAUGAGGCAGACGAGGCUCAAAAUUUUACAGAAAAAUAAAAAUCGUUUAAAUGAAGUCGACUUGAUUGUAUUUUAUUGCCCAACUAGAUUGAAAGCCCAUGCCCAAAGUUCUGCCUCACCUAUUCAAAGAGCAUCAGAGGGUUUGGUGAAAAACUUUGAGAUGCUGUUUCUAUUAGCCAAGUUCUAGACUUUAUUAAUGACAAAUUAGAUAUACAUGUAGGUAAAUGAUACGUCAAGAACAUUUUCUAGUGGAUUGAUAUCUAAAAAGUUACAAAUAUGGAAAAAUAGUUUGAGAUUUCUAAUCUUCCACAGAUAUUUUUUAGAGAGAAAAAUCACAAAGUUUGGUUGCCAAUUAUCUUUAACUUUCAGGCAUUGUAAACUUAAAAAUUGUAUAUUAGGAGUUGAGACAGUAUUCUUUAAUUUACUAGUUAUUUUUGAUCAAUAUAACUUAGAACUAAGCAAUACAGCAUCUCAAGGUUUUUCACCAAAUCCUUCGAGGCUUUGCCUUGCCUAAUUUUGGAUCAUUGCUACACCCCUGGCGUAAAUAACAAAGAAAUUUUAUAUUACUAUGGUUGGUGUCUGUAACAAAUGACAGGUGGUGACAUUUUGCAUGGUAAUGUUGAGC